CGGCUGCGCAGUUAACUCACGUCAUCGCUCCAGGUGGAAGCAUAAACGAGCGCGGAUCACGAGAACACUCAACAGUCGCGCUGAGCUCGGGGGAGGAGCACGCCCGGCGCCGGCUGACCGAGAUCGCCGGAUAAAUGGGAGUCGGCGUGGCACAGUGAGCGGAACCUUUGUAACGUCUGUCACGGAGCUGCUCGCGGAGCCACUGGCGUCCUGUCCGGGAUAGCUGCCGCCGCGGAGUCCGCGAGUGAGGCGACGAGCGGGGGGACGGUCCCGGGGCUGAGUGUCCACCAUGAGCCGGGCUGCGAGCCGCCUGCUCCAAACUUAACGCCGCUCCGCCGCAGCACCAGUGACAUUUUUGCACGUUGUUUUUUUUUGCUUUUCUUUUUUCGUAGUCGCCGAAACGCCCCCCCCCCCCCUUUUGAAGGACGAAUGACACCGGCUCACCCCAUAAUUUCAUCCCGCUAAAAGCUCCAGGAGGCACAACAGUUUUCUUUUCUCCAUGGCGUCUCCACAACAGUCAAGAAUUCAGUCGUACCUGGAGAGGAACAGAAUCGGACCCUUGUUCGAGGAGUUGAUGACCAAAUUGAUAACUGAGACUCCAGACCAUCCAAUCCCUUUUCUCAUUGAUCACCUGCAGACCAAGCAAGACAGCCCCGGCAAGCUGCACAGAGCUCUCUCUGGCUCCGCAGCAUUGUGGGCACAGAGCUCCCCAGAAAGCAAAAACACUCGAAGGGAGUACAGUAACUACGAGAAGCCAUGGCAAAUUCACCCAAAGAAACCGAAGAAAUCCAAGAGCGACCUGGCUGUUUCCAGUAUCUCUCCUCCUUCACCAGAAUCCAAGUCUUUGCCCCGGUCAGUCGAGUGCCCAUCCUGGGACUGGAGGGAAAGUCGGGACUUUGACGAGCUCAGCCACAUUCUGCAGGAGAGCAAGAAGCUGGGCAAGGCCCUGGAGAGCCUGUCGCGCAGCAUUGCUAUCUCUGAUGAGCUUGACCAGAACUUGGGGGGUUAUAACUCGAUGCUGCGCCCUCGGGUGGUGGGGGAGUGGGUUGGUCGUGAGGAGGAGGACGCAGACCCACUUGCUGCCGAAAUGCUGCGGCCCCCUGUCCCUCGGGCCAAAACUGAAGUUUGCUGGAGUGGAGACAGCAGUCCUGCUGGGAGCCUCAAGAUGGACGCAAAGAGCAAAGGGCUCAAGGAACAGCAGCAGCAUCAUAAGAAACUCCUUGCAGCCAUGUUGUCCCAGGACUCCUUUGACUCAGUCCACAGCCCGGCCCCCUCAGUUGCAGAGGAAGAGAUUGAGGAUGAGGACGAUGCCAUGGAGCUUCUGGAGGACCUGGAUGACCUGCGGAUGGAGGGCGUGACAAGCUUGGCUCCAUCUGGCAGUAAAUUCAGCCAGGGACGCAGCUCCUAUCAGGCUGAACCGCAGGCCAAAGUUACACUCAACAUCUGCUCUAGGUGUGCCAGACACUGUCCACACCACGAACAGUCCAGUCUGCCUGUGUGGCUCCUAACUGGCAGUGGCAGGUUGCAGGGGGACAGUCUAUCAGACAGCAGAUCUGAAGAGGAGCGCAGGACUCGAGUAUCUGAACAAGCUGUACCUGACAUCUCCUCUCAAUUGCCCGGCUUGGACACGGUGGCGGCACGGUUGCAGGAAUGCGAGGCCUCGUCUCAAGUGUCGGGCUCUCGUCAGGCUGUCUGGGAGGCUGAUCUGAAGGCUGCGAGAGGUGGGACCUCUGUCGGGCAGACGGGCCUGCUACUGGGCGACUCCCUCUUUUCUAAGGAGCUGGAGAACAUGGGCAAGCAGCUCGCUGAGGUUGAGAAAGAUCUGGCCAAGUUGGCUGAAGUAGGGAAGAUGACCAACUGGAGCUCUAAUAAUCUGCACAGUAGUCUGCUCCACAACCCUCUGCGUCACCGAACGCUGCCCGACACACUUCCUCUCCCCAGUCUGGUCUCCAGGCCCCAGUCUCCUGCCAGCAGCCUCUCGGGCAAGCCCUGUGGCGUCGGCCUCCCUUUGCUCAGCCCCAAGCCCACCUCCCUGGUCAUGGGUCGGACUCAAUCCCCCAGCAACCCUGGAAGCAGGACUCAGACCCCCAGAACGCCCAGCAGGCCUCUGACCCCGAAUAGUUUACUGACACGCUCCACCUUUAACCCUGGGUCCCAUAAAGAGGUGACCUUUAGGAGGUCGCGGAGCCGCCCGGUGACGCCGACGAGUCAGCCCACACUUCCCCGAAAACUGCUCACCCCUCCAGGACUAAGCACUACAGACAGCCUUGGUGCCAGCCUGCGGGCCUAUCUGUCUGAGGAUGAGUUUUACCAGCAGUUACAGGCCAUCAGGCAGCCCUGGCAUAUCCCCAGUGACACAGACAGCGACAUCCUGGAGCCUCCUGAACAGGAUAAGAGUGGUGCACGAGAUGCCAGUAAAAGGUCGGUGUUUUCAGGUGCCCACAGUUCCCAGUGUCAGUGUGCCAGUCUGGAGGGAGAUCUGAGAGCAGGCUCCUGCCGCUUGGCUAUCAGAGAGGCCAGAGCAUUGCCACGGUAACCAAACUCAAAGCCCGCGGCUUACUGCCUAUAGUGACGAAGACCAAGGGACAUUGAUCCAAUCUAACUAUUAUGCAAAACCCACUGGACAUUUUGAAAAUGCACAUAGAAACAAUUAUUUUUAUAAUUCAUAUGAAUGAAAAAGAAAAAGAUUGUAUACUUUUUUUCCAAAGAUAUUUCAUAGACAUUGUACUGUAACUGUAUGAUAAGAUGUGACAAAUAUUACUUCAGAGUAUGGAAUACGACAUUUAUUUUUGUUUGCUCUAUAGCAUGCCUUCGAACUCCAUGUGGAAUCUGGAAACAGAUGCAUUUUGUCAACAGACUCUUUUUCUAGGCCUAGUGCACAUUCACCUUGUGAGGGCAGCGCACCCAUGUUGAGAAAACAUUUAUUGAUAUGCACUGUUAAAAGAUGUAGUGUUCCAAAUGCUUCACAAGUCGUGGAAGGAAUUACGAGGAAUGCUUUUAUCUCAAUUAAAAAUGAUUUGGUGCACAAGUCA